AGGAGCAGCCCAAGGUAUUACAUACACAUAUCUGUAUAUAUAUGUUGGAGAGAGAAUGUGUGAGAGUCAGUGAUUGUAGAGAGAGAAAGAGUCCAUACGCUGUACCAAACAUCAUCGUACGCCCGAAAAUUCAUCAUCGGACAUCAAAUCUCGACGCGGCGGCGGCAACCACCGGCGAUUCGUAAUGGCGGCUUCGAAGAGCUAUUUCGCGAGGGGGAACUACCGGUUCCUGGCGAGUGAUCGCGACGCGCCUGCGGCGGCGGCGACCGGCGACUCGGUGUUCGAGCUCGACGAGUCGGACGUGUGGAGCACGGAGCGGUCCGCCUCGCCGGAGUGCCGGAAGGCGGUGGCGAGCGGCCGCGUCUCGCGGAAACAGUCCGGCGGCGGCGGCGGGAAGAGCGAGCGCGUGCCGGCGUCCCUGCCGGUGAACGUCCCCGACUGGUCGAAGAUUCUGAAGGACGAGUACAGGGAGAAUCGCCGGCGCGACGGUUACGACGACGACGACUUUGACGAGAAAUACGGCGAUGAUAGGGUUCCGCCGCACGAGUUUCUCGCGCGGCAGUUGGCGACGGCGAGAAUCGCCUCCUUCUCGGUGCACGAAGGCGUCGGACGCACCCUCAAGGGGAGAGAUCUGAGUAAGGUUCGCAACGCAAUCUGGGAGAAAACCGGCUUCCAGGAUUAACCAUAACUCCUUAAUUUUUUACAGUUUCACUCCAAAUUUUACCGUGGCUAUAUUUCCGGAUUUUUACUUUCUUUUUUGUUUUCCUUUUUUUUUUUUUUUUAAAUUUAUGUUCAUCUCGGAAGUGAAUUUCUUAGUAGGAAGCGGAUUACAUGAACGUAAUCUGCACGUUUUGGAGAGAAAUUAAAGAAAUUAUAUAUAUUUCUUACGUCA